AAGGCGUUCUAAUGUCUCAGUUGGCUGAACUUAAGGGAAAACAGAAUUCAGCUCUAGGAAAGACUAAUCACAAACCGCUACGACAGACAAUUUCAUGGGAAGCUCAGGGUAGUGUGUCUGGGUCUCUACGCACUCUUUCGAUGGAUGGUAGCAGUGUCAUAUCACACAUUACUGACGUCUCGCAGUCAACAGAAGACGACGUUGCAUGGAGUUCAGAGAAUAGUAACACCGAUGAUGAAGACGCUUUCAGUGAAAACGCUGGUCCAGCUCCCGGUGGCAGAUACGUAGCAUUAGCUGAUUAUUGUGCAGUUGGCCAGUCAGAAGUGACUAUGCGCGAGGGGGACAAUCUAGAACUUCUUAAGGUCGGUUGUGCUGGUUGGUGGUUUGUAAAAUUAAUAGGUACCGGAAUAGAAGGAUGGGCACCUGCGGCUUACCUGGAACCGAUCAAUCGGAAAACAUCGCGCAGCUCUCAGUCUGUCAACAGCCAAGAGACUAUAUGAAACAGGCGUCUAACACACUAGGUUUUCCUGGUGUGUUAGGUUUCUACGUAUCUGAUUGAAGAGUAUCGAUUGUUAUAGUAUUAAAAAUGCAUAUGGAGGCUUUUGUAAUAUAAAGGGUAUGUGGAG